AUGCUGCUACCAACGUCAGGCAUCGGGGAAAUUUGGAAAGCGGUUGGUGAUUUUGGGCCAUUUCGGAAAUGGCUUCUGCUGCUCACCUUGUUUCCCUGCCUCAGUGUGGCUUUCCACCAGUUUUGCCAGCUUUUUAUGGUUCAACACGUGCCGCACCGCUGCGACACCAGCUGGAUCCGUGCCAUCGGCCCCAACCUGACGGAGGAAGAGCAGCUGAACCUCACCGUGCCCCGGGACGCAGACGGGGCGUACGAGCAGUGCUCCAUGUACUCGCCGGUGGACUGGGACCUUGGCUCCAUCAUGCUGUAUGGCCUGAACGCCACGGAGAAGUGCACCAAAGGCUGGGUGUACCCCGCGGCGCAACCGCCGUCCCUGCUGACCGAGUUUGACCUGGUGUGUGACAGGAAGGACCUGAACGACAUCUCCCAGUCCAUCUACAUGAUGGGGCUGUUCUUGGGAUCCAUGAUUUUUGGGCCACUAAGUGACAGGAUCGGCCGCCGGCCAGUCAUUCUGAUCUCCAUCUUCCUCCAGGGCUUGUUUGGUGUAGGAAUUGCCUUUGUGCCCCAUUUCUAUGUGUACAUGGCCUUCAGAUGUGUCGUGGGGGCUUCUGUGUCAGGGAUCACCAUGACGAUACUGGCUUUAGCUACAGAAUGGGUUGGUGUCUCCUCCCGGCCAAAGGCAGUGCUUAUUUCUCACUGCUGUUUCGCCAUCGGACAGAUGAUUUUGGCUGGCUUGAGUUAUGGUAUUCGCAACUGGAGGCUGCUGGAGAUUGCGGGAUCUGCUCCUAUAUUUGCCUUAUUCUUCUACAUCUGGGUGUUGCCAGAAUCAGCUCGGUGGCUGGUGACAAAAGGCAGAAUAGAAGAAGCGAAGAAGGUCCUUCAGAAGGCGGCAUCCAUCAACAAGCGCACCAUCUCACCAGAACUCCUUGAGCAGUUGAAGCCUGAGAAACAGACCAAGUCUGGAAGUCCUCUGGAUCUCUUUCGGAAGAAACACCUCCGGAAGGUGACUUUAAUCAUGUCGUGCGCCUGGUUUGUGAACAGCCUUGUCUACUACGGGCUGAGUCUGAAUGUGACAAAUUUUGGUCUGGACAUCUACCUGACACAGCUUGCGUUCGGAGCAGUGGAAAUCCCAGCCCGUAUUGGUUGUAUCUUCCUUCUGCAGUGGCUCGGGAGGAAGAAAAGCCAGGCUGUUCUCCUGCUGCUGAGUGGCCUGGUGUGCCUGAUCAUCACUGGCAUCCCUGAAGACCAGCCUGUGACCACCACCAUCCUGGCCGUCCUUGGCAAGUUCACCGCCUCGGCCUCCUUCUCCACCUCCUACGUCUACUCGGCAGAGCUCUUCCCCACGGUGGUCAGGCAGACCGGCGUGGGACUGUGCUCCAUGUCGGCGCGGCUGGCGGGGAUCAUGGCCCCGCUGACCCGCCUCCUGGGCCGGUACCACCGGGCCGUCCCCAUGGCCGUCUUCGGGAGCGCCCCUGUGGUGGGGGGGCUGCUCUGCCUCCUCUUGCCCGAGACCCGCGGCACCGACCUGGCGGACGACACGGGGGAUGGCUGCCCCCCAACGCAGGUCUGUGAAAAUGCCAACAGCAGCUCUGAAAAUGGACACAUAAAAGGAAAAGGAGGUGGCCGAGACAAUGAGGGCACAAAGACCACUCACUUCUAG